AUAUAUAUAGCACUAAUUCAUCAUGAUAUUAGCUCAUCAAAGAAGUAAAGGAAUCAAAAUGAUUUUCCAAUUGGUAAAGGAACAUUCUUAUAUGUGUUACUAUGUUGGUUUUUUAUUGGUGUUUUUAUCAUGUCUAAAAGUGUGGACACUUUGGUGCAAAAAGAACAAGUGCAAUAGUGUUGGCAUUCCUCCUGGAAAUAGAGGAUUACCCUUCAUAGGAGAGACAUUGCAUUUCAUGGCUGCCAUCAACAGUACCAAAGGAGUCUAUGAAUUUGUCCGAGUUCGCCGUCUCCGAUAUGGAAAUUGCUUCAAGACGAAGUUAUUCGGGGAAACCCACGUUUUUAUUUCGAGCAAGGAGUCGGCAAAAGUGAUUCUACGAAACGAAGGAGGGAAAUUCUCAAAGAAGUACAUAAAGUCAAUCUCCGAGAUCUUGGGUCCUGAUAGUUUGUUGUGUGCAGCUGAGCAGCAUCACAAACUCAUUCGAAGCCGUCUCUUCAGUUUGUUUUCGGUUCAUUCUUUGUCCUCCUUUGUUCAAUUGUUUGAUCAACUUGUAAUUGAAACUACAAAUACCUGGACAUGUGGAUCCCUUGUGAUCAUACAAGAUGAAGCGUUCAAGCUAGCUUGUAAGGCGAUGUGCAAGAUGCUAAUAAGCAUUGAGAGUGGCCAUGAACUAGAGGCGAUGCAAAAGAAUGUUGCUCUUGUGUCCGAAGCAAUGCUUGCAUUACCUUUGAGAAUACCCUGGACCAGAUUCAACAAAGGCCUUCAGGCUAGAAAAAGAAUUAUGGACAUAUUGGAGAAAGUCAUCAAUGAAAGAAGAGGCGGAAGUGCUACUAGUCGUGUAGAUUUUCUUCAGCAACUCUUAACAGAUGAUAAUAAACUAGAAAAGGAUGAAGUAACAAGGUUAACAGAUAAAGAGAUCAAAGAUAAUAUCUUAACUAUGAUAAUUGCUGGACAAGACACAAUAGCAAUUGCAAUGACAUGGAUGAUCAAAUUUGUGGAUGAGAAUCAGGAGGUUCUUAAUGAGCUUAAGAAAGAACAAGUUCAGAUUGAGGAAAAAUGUAGAGGAAAUGUAUAUCUUACAUUAGAAGCUCUUUCUGAGAUGCAAUAUGCUUCCAAGGUGGUAAAAGAAGCGUUAAGGAUGGCAUCUGUAGUGCAAUGGUUGCCUAGAUUAGCACUCGAGGACUGUGAAAUCGAAGGAUUUAAGAUCAAGAAAGGCUGGAACAUCAAUAUUGAUGCUAGAUCAAUACAUCAUGAUCCAACUAUUCACCGUGACCCGGAUGUGUUCAAUCCUUCAAGAUUUCCUAAUGAGUCAAAACCAAACAGCUUCUUAGCUUUUGGGAUUGGAGGAAGAAUGUGCCUAGGGAAGAACAUGGCUGAAGCAAUGAUGUUGGUGUUUCUCCAUCGCCUCAUCACUAAUUUCAAGUGGAAGGUGAUUGAUUCAGACUCAAGUAUUCAAAAAUCGGCACUUUUUACAAAACUUAAGAGCGGUUAUCCGGUACGCUUGAUAUCUGUGAAGGAGGACGAUACCAACAAAAAAACUAUGUGAAGACUUCAAAAGAUAUAUAUUUCAUCAUUCUAAUUUAGAGUAACAAUUGUCUGGCUAAACCACAGUCCUAUAAUAUUGUAAUUACCAGUCAUCUAUUGUUAAUGAUGUUUCACUUGUAUGCGUUUAAUCCUAUGAUUUUAGAAGCAUAUAUGUUUUAUUUUCUUAUGUAUGUCAAGUUCUUACCCCCAUUAGCAAAUGAGAAUUUACUCAUUUGGUUGAUCUUUCUUUCUUAUAGGACUUAAGUGCAAUUGUAACAUAUUGGUAUGGUAAAGGUGAUGUAACUCAUUUGGUAUGUAAAGGCCAGUCAUAUAUAUAUAUACACUAUAGGAGUUUAUGGUGUGUCGUAUGAGUGUUGGACACUGACGCUUGCCCGACACUGUGACACGCCUAAUUCGAUUAGUGUGUGUGCUUCGUACCAUAUACCUAGGGUUGGUUGUGUUGGGUCUAGAUAGUCUUUUUAAUCUUCAUCGGUAUCUCCCACACAUAAAUCAAAUGAAUGUUGUACUAUCCAUGGACCAUGAAGUGGAUUCCUCAUUAAUAUAUGAAUGUGAUAACUAUUGUCACAUGUAUAUUAUACUA